AUGAAGCUUCCACCCAAAGUCCUUAUACUCGGAGGCCAUUCUAAAGUAGCUUUGCUUCUUACGUCUCUUUUGAUUGCCCGAGGAUGUGGCGUUAUCAGUCUUACCAACAAUCCAGAGCACCGAAGCGACAUACUAAAUCUUCGCCAGAGCAAUAGGGAGGGAAAUGUGGAGGUACUUGUUACAGAUCUAGAGCACAUUGACACAGCCUACGCGGCUCGCGCUUUGCUAGAUCGCGUCGAUGCAAAUUAUGUUAUUUGGAUGGCUGCGACAUUUUCGUCUUCCAAAAUCUCCAAGUUUCUCAUGGUAUCUUACCUGAGCAGUCGAGGCAAGAAACCAGAGCCGGGAAUGACUGACAGACAGUGGAAUGACAUUGCGAAUGCGGACGAAGGACAAAUACCUAUAUACGAAAAGGAGAAAAUUGAGGCAGAAGAGUUUCUAGAUGCGAUGACUGCAUGGCGUAGAAGACAGGCCCAUCUGCCGGCCCAGUUCCAGUCGAUACAUGUCAUGACAGGUGGCUUGUCAGAUUUACCGGGAAGAGGCAAGAUAAGCCUACAUCCGGAGCCGGUAUCUUUCGAAGGAGAGGUAUCGAGGCAGGAUGUCGCUGAAGUGAUUGAUCAGUUACUGGCCAGGUCAGAUACCAACGGGCGAUAUGGUGUUCUGGGAGGCGAGAAUGAUAUUGAGACUGCAAUAGCCAAGGCAGUUGGAUCUCAGCAGUUGUUGGCUGAGGGCCCUGUUUAUAAGAACAUUGUCGGGGGAUUCAUACCCCAUAGAUAG